AGUCUCCGCCGGGCGCUCGGAGGAUCAGCUGGCGCGCGGGCGGGCGCCGAACGCGGCCCCGGCUCUCGCUGCGGCGCCGCCUCCUCUCUGCGUCGCAGGCCGGCCCGGCGGCCGUGACAAUGUCGGGAGGCUGGUAGCUGGGCGCCAGCCGCCGAGCCAUCUCAAGUUUAAACUUACACGAAUCGCUCUCUGGAGGAGGAGGGGACCCGCCGCGCGAUUGACACGCGUAUUCCUAUAGGCAUCCUCCCUCAGCCCCCACCCCCACGGCCGGAUUCGGGUGGCUCCUCUCCGAGCUGAAAUCCGAGAAGAAAUCCUUGGAUCUCUUUCCUUAAAAAAAAAAAAAAAAAAAAAAAUCUAGAAACCAUCGGUAUUUUGCUUUGCUGCUUCCUAUUUGCAAGAUGAAGAAGUUUUUCGACUCCCGGCGAGAGCAGGGCGGCUCUGGCCUGGGCUCCGGCUCCAGCGGAGGAGGGGGCAGCACCUCGGGCCUGGGCAGUGGCUACAUCGGAAGAGUCUUUGGCAUUGGGCGACAGCAGGUCACUGUGGACGAGGUGUUGGCGGAAGGUGGAUUUGCCAUCGUGUUUCUGGUGAGGACAAGCAAUGGGAUGAAAUGUGCCUUGAAACGCAUGUUUGUCAACAAUGAGCAUGAUCUCCAGGUGUGCAAGAGAGAAAUCCAGAUAAUGAGGGACCUGUCAGGGCACAAGAACAUCGUGGGUUACAUUGAUUCUAGUAUCAACAAUGUGAGUAGCGGCGACGUAUGGGAAGUUCUCAUUCUGAUGGACUUCUGUAGAGGAGGCCAAGUGGUAAACCUGAUGAACCAGCGCCUACAGACAGGUUUUACAGAGAGUGAAGUGCUCCAGAUAUUUUGCGAUACUUGUGAAGCCGUUGCCCGCCUGCAUCAAUGCAAAACUCCUAUUAUCCACCGUGACCUGAAGGUAACAGAUCACACUCUUUCCUUAAGUAUGUUCUUGCUGAGUAUCUUCUAUCUGCCCCCAGAUAGAGUGAUACUCUGGGGAUGUGAGAGAAUUUGA